AUGUCUCUGUCCGCGGCUGCCGCCAUAUUGGUUUGGCUUGGCGCUUUCUUUUCUGUGUUGUUAAUUUUUGCAAGUGAUGUUUGAAUUCACGUAAUUAUUAAUUUUCAUGUACUAUUAAAUAUUAAAAACUGUGUUUGUUUUGAAAACUAUAUAAUAGUGGCAUAAUGGAUCCCGCAAAGAUGAAAGUAGUGGAUCUGAGGUCGGAGUUAGGAGCCCUUGGUUUGGAUACGAAGGGUAACAAGCCGGCUUUAGUUGAACGUUUGAAGAAAGCACUGGAAUCGAAAACCGGGAAAUUACUGCCUGACACAUCGAUCCUUGACACCACCAAUGAGGACUCUGAUGAAGUGGUCACUCCUCGGAAACCUGGUCCCGCGGCGAGGACUAGGCGCUCGUCUUCUACCCGGCUCGCCCAUACACCGGCUAAGCAGCCGCGCUUGGAAGACCCUCCAGAGCCUAUAGAGGAGGACGAGCCGAAACCGGAGCCGAAGACGCCAUCUCCGGUCAAAGCACCGGAACCGGUGAAGGAGCCGUCGCCAGUCAAACCUCCCACGCCGGUCAAGGUCAAGUCCCCGUCGCCUGUGAAGCCCCCGACGCCGGUGCAGGCCCCGCAGCCGGCCUCGACGCCGGUGCAGGCCCCGCAGCCGGCCUCGACGCCGGUGCAGGCCCCGCAGCCGGUGCAGGCCCCGCAGCCGGUGCAGACCCCGCAGCCGGCCUCGACGCCGGUGGAGACCCCGCAGCCGGCCCCGACGCCGGUGCAGGCUCCGCAACCGGUCCCGGCGCCGGUUCCCGCGCCGGUCCCGGAUCCCGUUCAAGAAGAACCGGUCACGGUGCCCGAUAACGAUAUUUACAUCGUGGAUGAUGAGAAGAGCCAAUCACCCAUAGAAGUUAAGGAUGACCAAGAAGUUUCAGAAAGCAUGGAGGUCCAGGAGCAGACGGAAGUCGAGAGGCUGGUGAGCCCUAAGAAAGAGACGGAAGAUGCUGCCGAAGACGAGGAUGCGGAAAAGAAAAAGGAGCAGGAGCAGAAAGACAGGCCGUUGACCGAGGAGGAGGAGUGGGAGCAGCUGAAUGAGCGGCUGAGGGUCAGACACGAGGAGCAGCUCGAGCGCCAGAGGAGGCAGGCGGAGGCCGAUGCCGAGAAGCUGGCGGCAGUCAGCAAGGACCCAGUGAAACUGAACCGCCUCAAGCGCAAAAUGGAGAAGAAGGCGCGCUGGAGCAACUACUACAAAGCCGUGGAGAUCACCAACGAAGUUCUCACGCCGCCGAUCGAAGCUGUGGAGAUCCAGAAGAGGCAAGGCUCGAAAGAGGCGGUCGAAGUUAAGAAUGUGGAGCCUGAAUUAGAUGAUGACAAGAUCACUCUAUCUUGGUACGACAGCGACCUGAACCAGUAUCUGGAGCUGCCGGAGCUGAACAGCGUGGUGCCGCUGAGCGAGGGGGCGUUUGCCCACGCGUGGGCCGGCUGUAGGGCUUCGCACGGGGUCUCCAGCGGACGCGUCUGCUAUGAGGUCCGCGUGGGCGCCACGGCGACCACGACGGAGAGCGGCGACCAGGACAGCGUCGCCUGCGGGCUGCGGCUGGGCUGGUCCGACCUCGACUCCUCGCUGCAUCUCGGCGAGGGCGAAUUCAGCUGGGGCUACGAGAGCAGCGGCCGCGCGGUGCACAACGCGGAGUUCAAGGAGUACGGCCGGCCGCUCGUCGAGAAGGACGUUGUCGGCGUCUAUCUGGACCUGGAGUCGGACCCGUGCACAAUGUCGUAUACGGUAAACGGCGUGGAGCUGGGCGUGGCGUACGAGGUGGACAGAGCCUCGCUGGCCGGGAGGGUGCUGUUCCCGCACGUGCUCACCAAGAACCUCUGCUACCGCGUCAACUUCGGCAACGACAGGUACAAUAUGCUGACUAGAACAAAAAUCGUCCGCAACCGCGUGGAGAUACCCGUAGAACAAGUUUUGGAGGAGAAGAGGAAGAUUGAAGAGGAGCUGCAGAAGCAGAAAGAGGAAGCGGAGAGACGCGCUAGGGAGAGGCGGGAGGAGAGGGAGAGGCAGCGGCAGGAAAGGCAGAGGAAGAAGAGAGAGGAGAGGGAGAAGGAAGAAAAAGAAAAGAAAGAGAGGGAAGCCAAGGAGCGCAAAGAGAGAGGGGAAGAGCCGAUGGAGGAGGAUAAAGAGCCAGAUGAUGCGGACAAGAGUAAAGAUAAUGAGGGAGACGGAGAUAAGGAAGAUGACGAUGGAGAUAAGGAAGAAGAACCCAAGGAGAACGGAGACAAGGCUAGCGCGGCCGCGGCGCCGGAAGUGGACGCGGAGGCGCACGCUGACGUCAAGCACGAGCCUGCGGACGAAGAAAUGCAAGAAGUGACGGAGCAACAGGUCUUGAAAGGGCAUGUGCUGGACAAAAGAAUCAAAUUUGUUAUCCGCUACACGGUGGAGGAGGCGCUGGACGGGCCCGAGGCGUCGCUGCAGCCCGGGUACCAGCUCAUUGCGCGCGCGCAGCUCAGCGCGGGCCCGCGUCGCCCGGCGCUACUCGAGCACUGCGAGGUGAUCCUGAUGGUGGGCAUGCCGGGCGCGGGCAAGACGCAGUGGGCGCGGCGCCAGCUCACGCAGCGUCCGCAGCGCCGCUACAACAUCCUCUCCACCGGCGCGCUCUUCGACAAGAUGAAGGUGGAUUGUUCGAGUUUCCGCUCGAGCUACGACGGCCGCUGGGACGCCAUGGUGUCCAAGUGCGCUAAAUGCGUGCUCAAAUUGUUGGAAAUCGCCAAAGGAAGACACCGCAACUUUAUACUCGACCAGACCAACGUGUACCCGUCGGCUCAGAAACGGAAACUUCGAGAAUUCUCCGGCUACAAGCGGAUCGCAGUUGUCAUAGUUACCGACGAGGAGACUUACAAGGAACGAUACAAGAGGCGCGAAGAGGCAGACGGCAAGGAAGUGCCGGACGGGGCCAUAGUGGACAUGAAAGCCAACUUCACGCUGCCGCAGCCUUGCGCGUGGAUAGACGAGGUCAUCUACCCCGAGCUCGGGGAAGAGGAAGCGAAGAAGGUUAUAGAAGAGUUCCAUAAGGAAGCGAAGGCGGCCGGAGUGGUGAAAGAGAAGGAGAGGAGAGAGAGGGCUGACGCGCCUCCGGCCAAGAGGGCGAGGUCGGGGGAGAGGUCGAGGGAGAGGGAUCAUCGCGGCGGCAGGAGGGACGGGGGACGCGAUCGGGAGGACCGCUGGGGCAGCGGCGGCGGUCGCUGGGGCCCGGCCAACCGCGGCGGGGGCGGCGGCGGCGGGCGCUGGGGCCGCGAGCGCGGGCCGCCGCCCCCGCCCAUGGGCCGCGACCGAUGGGGGCCACCCACCGGACCCAGAGGCGGAGACUUCGGCGGCGGCCGCGACCGCGACAACUUCCGCGGGGGCCGCGGCGGGCCCGGAGGCCCGCGCGGCGCUCCCGGACUGCGGGGCCCGGGCGCCGGCGGGCCCGCGCUGGCCCCCGGGGACCGCUACCGCACGGACAGGCGGGCCGCGCCCCACCAGCCCGCCAUGGACAAGAGGAACAACGGGCCCAACUCGCAAGGCGGCAACAUGGGCGGGGGCGGGGGCGGCUGGCAGCGCGGCGGCCGCGGGGGCUCCCGGAACAUAGCCGUCGCGCCCGGCAGCAACCGGAACAUGGCCGGGAAUAAGGAUAACAACCAGAACUCUGGUCAGAACGCGAACCAGCAGCAGAACCAGCAGGCGGGCUGGAACCAGUGGGCCGGCGGCUGGGGCGGCUGGGGCAACUGGAACCAGAACCCGCAAGGCUGGGGCAACUGGGGUAACUGGGGCAACUGGAACGCGAACGCGAAUGCCGGCCAAUCCGGCACUCAGCAGGCGGGCAACAAGAACCAGAACCAGCAGCAGCAGCAGCAGCAGCAGCAGUGGCCCGCCAACUACACCGCGCAGCAGUGGUACCAGUGGCAGCAGUGGCAGCAGCAGCAGCAGCAGUGGAGCGGGUACCAGCAGCAGGCGGGCGCGGGCAACGCCGCGGACGCGCAGCAGGCUUGGGCGCAGUAUUACCAGAACUACGGUACGGGUAACGCAGCAGCAGCGACCACCAACACCGACAAGAAGUGAGGACGCCUAUCACCACGGACCACUAUCGCCAGGGUUCACUGUCUCCGAGGCCGUCGUUACACUAGCAAUGCCUAAUUCUCAUCGCGACACUAGCGACAUUAAAUUAGUUUCGUUUGUCGAAAAUUUAAUGUGUAAACAUCUAGUUUUACAAUGCACGCAUUGACUCCACGACAAAAUUUGAUGUUUAUACGUGAGAUUUCCAAACUGUUUGCUGCCACUAAUGUCGUCAAGUUAGGCUAAGUUACUACGCGAGAUUUACUUUCGCGACUUUUGCAAUAAAUAUGUACCGUCAUUUCUUCAUAGAAAAUUAAACUUACUUAGUAACUUACUAGUGUAACCUACUUAUUCUAGGUCGUCUAAGGUAUACACGAACCCAGCUAUCAUUAUAUGUAGCAAUUUGGUCACCUUACGAAAGUAUGGGACUGUCAAACACAUUAUUUUACAAAUAAUAUUCUAUUUAACUAUAUUUUUUGCCAGUAGUCAAUAUCUCUUCAGUCCAGUAGUCAAUACAUACUAAAAGGUCGGCGCAAUGUUGAAAUUGUAUGUAAUACAUUAUUAAUUUAGGCUUUUCAAUAUACCGACAAGCCUUGACAGAUUGUUUUGGCGCCAAAAAGAAAGGGGCCGAUACCGAUAUUUAGUGUGAAAAACGUCAAAGAAAAAGAACAUUUAUAUAUAAACGUUGUGUUUGACACGUCCCAUAUAAAACUUCCUUGUUUUGAGAAAGGUAUGUCUUUAUUUUUCAUUGUAAAUUUAUUCUUGCACUAUUUGACGUUAUUGUUUCACAAAUGGUGAUAUUUUCGCACCGAAUCCAAAUCAAUUUUAGUGUAAUAUUGACUAUAUUGUUUUUUUUUUUUGUUUAUAUUCAUUAUGGAGACUAAAGAGUCUUAUAUAAAAAUAAGUUUAUACAAGUACAUGUUCCAUAGUUGGAUUAUAAGUGAUAUUGUUGAUUCAACUUUAUCAGGCACCCUAAUUUGACUAUUGUAAAUACUCUUAAAGCCUGGGUAUUGAAAAUUUUAAACGGGAAUAUACUUAAUUUUAGUGCUAUCACUAUCUUGUUACUUGUAUCUGGAAAGAGAACACGAUCAUUGAAGAUAUCAAAAUUAUUUUUUAUAAAUAUUCGGGCUUAACAAGACUUGAUCUACACUUAACUGACAUUGUAGGUCAGUUUCUUGAUAGAAUCUUAGGUGUAACAUUGUCACCAUGUAUUUAAUAACUGGUUUUUUAAAAAGAUAAAACCCCUGGUUUUCACCAUAAAUGGGUAUAAUUAAUACUAAAUGUACGUGCGUGGAUGUGUAUCCCUUAUGCGUUUUGUUAAGUAUUACGUACUGUUGAGCGCAUUCGUCAGCUGUUUGUGCAACAACAUUACUUUGUGUCUCUAUCGGUUAGGAUAUUAUUUUUGUUUAAUAUGACCAAUUUUGAUAGUUCCAUAUAUUGCCGCGUCGCUUUGCGCGGUCGCUAGCCAUAAUUAUUUUAAUUUUAAAAUAACAAAAACGUCUUUUAGGAAAUAAUAGAUUCCAAUCUCAAUUUAUUUGUUUUUAGAUUGGACGAUAGAGACAUAAAAUACGCGUGAAAAUAUGAAUAUAAUUCAAUUCUGUAAUACAGCAUUGGCUGAUGAUGCUCAACAUGAAGUCAGAUCUUGUAACGAAACCGUUAUCUACUAAAGGGUAAUUUUAGUUAAGGUUAUAUUGACUAGUUUAAAUUUAAAUACAAAGAAUGCAUGAGUGUGUGUAUGGAAGCUAAGCUAAGCUGCGUGUGUAAAAACUUGUAGAUGUUAAGAGUGUGGGAUUUAGUUUAUGCCGUAACUAUAAUGAUUUCAUUUCAAUAAAUUCAUUUCCUAAGU